CUACACUCUCUGCUUCCUCCCUGCGUCCUCGGACCGUUCAGCAUGACAUCGUCGUCUUCACUGCGUCGCGGCUCGGUGCUGAAAGCGACGCGGAAGUUUGCGCAUGAUUUCUUCCAGCAGAACGCGUUCGGAUCUCCGCCGCAGAUGACCCUCAACAGCUUCAUCUCCCAGCUGCUGGCGCACCGCCUCGUUGACCCCGACCACUGGACACGGCCCGACAUCCUCCACGAGAUGUUCUACCGCGGCUUCAGACACGAGUACUCGACCCACUACGUCCACCUGGGAUACAAGAGGUGGCCGUGGAACCCCGACAAGCGCAUGAUGAACCAGACGGAGGUGGAGAAGUGGCUGCAGGUCAUGGAAAUCAUCGACCUCGAGAGGCGGGCUGUCAGGGAGAGGGACGAGGCCUCCAGGCGGCGGAAGGAGAGGCUGAUGCACCAACAACAAGAUGCAGAGAGGAAAAACGAGCUCGCCGAGAUGGAGGAGGGGGCAGCUGAGGCGCCAGUGCAAAGCCGGGAGGGGAGUCAGGAAGGAGAGCCUCUGGCGCCAGCCGAUGCUGGUGAGGCUGCUACCGAGAGAGCGGUGCGUGAAGAGGGCGGCAGAGGUGGUGUGACAAUCCGGAAGACACCGCCGAAGGGCUGAUUGGCGCAAGCAUAACUCAGCGCGCGCAAAGGGAGAGGAGAUGGGAAGGGGGUGGUUUGUGUGGAUUAUGGGUGGAUGAGUGACCGAAUUGCGUGUUUAUGCGUGUUUAUGGUAGUAAGAAGCUUCGUGGUAGUAAGAAGCUCUGUGGUAGUACGGACUGACGAAUCGAUUGAUAAGCUUCAUUGCGCAACGAUAAAG